GUGCCGUGCUGAUCGAAAUCUCAGAGGUCCACAGGAAGGCCCAACUGGAGCUUGAGGAAAAUUUUAAGAGGUUCCACAGGGAGGUCGUCGCUGAGCUGGAGAGGAAGACUGACAUGGAUGUCAAAUACAUGACAGCCACGUUUAAGAGAUACCAGAUGGAGAACAAGAUGAAGCAGGAUUCUCUGGAGAAGGCCCAUGCAGACCUGAAGAGGCUGAGAAGGAAGAGCCAAGGCAAAAACGCCAACAAGUACGAGAACAAGGAGAGCGAGUGCCUAGAAACGCUGACAGGUCGCCAGACGGACAUGCAGUUGUUUGUGGCUGAUAGCUGCAAGGAGGCUCUGCUGGAGGAGAAGCGACGCUUCUGUUUCCUGGUGGACAAACACUGCAUGCUCACCUAUCACUUUGCUUCCUACCAUGACAAGGCCAGAGACAUUUUGACGUCCAAGCUUGGCAGCUGGCAGGACCAGUGCAACGAUGCCACCAACAUGCCUGAGAGCGUUCUGUCUAUGAUCGAAGAUCUCCGCAAGCCCGUCACCGUCGUACCGAUGCCGUCCCCAUCCCCAUCACGACGCAGCGUGAACAUCUAUGCUCCUCCAGCUCCCCUCAAGAAGGCUCAGACCACCCCUCUGGUUAAUAUGUUCAACCAGGACAACAAUCCUACCAGCGUAAAUACUCCUGCAACUACUAACCACAGCACAGACCACGGAAACGGUGACGAGGGUAAUCUUGCCAGGUCGGUGUCUGUAGCCACGGGCCUCAACAACAUGGCGAAGAGGCCGCGCGUCCGAACCGUCUUCCCCCACACGGCUGGCAACAACAGCACGCUGCUCAGCUUCGACGAGGGAGACGUCAUCCUCCUGCUCAUCCCUGAUGAGAGGGAUGGAUGGAUGUAUGGUGAAAUGGAGAAGAACGGAAAGAGGGGCUGGUUCCCGAGUUCGUACUGCCGUGCUCUCACUGAUCCCGUCGUGAAUAACAACAGUGAAGCUGCCGUCUCACACCGCAGCAAAAGUGUGGUGAAUCUCCACCAUCUUGACACAGAGACGGACGAGGCGACUAUGGUGCUCCCCCCAGCUGACUACAGAAACGACCUGAAGAGCAACUCCAUUGGGAACAACCCCUCAUCAACAAACAGCGCCGUCACAAACAACCACCAGCACUCCCCUACGCCCUCCUCCACCUCCUCCGAUCAGGUCACGGAGGUGCAGUCCAACGGCGUCUCGAGACCUCCGCCUGCAUACCUUGCCGGAGGAAACCCAUUCUCUACAGUCAGGCUACGUCCCACUGUGACCAACGAUCGAUCUGCUCCAGUCAUCUGACUGUCCUCAUCACGCUGUGGUCACAUAGUUUAGUCUCCGUUUGUCCGGCAUCUCCACCUGAUCAGGAUACAAACAUAAAGGACCCCCUCGCUGCUACGGGGUGAGACGGCGGAACAUGAAUGCCGGGAGCGUUUUAUUUCCUGAACAGAUGUUCACAUAUUUAUGUCUCUUUUAAACCCUUUGUGUCGUGGUGAGAUUACGACCACAUUCUUACCUGCACUUUGAGCUACAGAUGAAUAAAAACUCAGAGCAAAUGUCUGAAUGUAUUUAUGCUGUUGAUGUUUCUAUGUGGAUCUUUCCUGUGGCCAUAGGACACACGUGUGAAAGACUCUUCCCCUCUAGCUCCUAAUGCCUCUGCUCACUGUGAUUUCCUGUUGCUGAGGACAAAGGCGGCGUGGCACGGGGGGGGGGGUUGUCCUCUUGUAUAUACACUCGUGCUGAUCUUCUGUCGUCCAUUGCCACCUUAAAUAAUGUUUGUAACGUGGACACUUGUGCCUUAACACAGAAACACGCUGUACAAUACAUUUUACCUGUUUAAGUCUUUAUCUUGACAGUGCAAUUGUUUAACUAUUACAGAUGGUGUAUGAUUUGUUUUCAUCCUUCAUCACAAACGGAAUAUAAUUUGCUAAAUAAAGUUUAUUCAUUUUGA